AUGCCGACAUCGCUACACCACGUGGCGCUGGUGGGCGAGAGGGCCGGCAGCGGCGUGAAGAUAACGUCAUCGGGCGCGGCGGGCGACUCGAGUCUGGACGAGUGCGCCACAUUCCAGCUGCUGGCGUCGGACGUGGUGGUCUCCAACAUCAUCUUCGAAAACGCGCACGGACCGGGCAAACAGGGCGGAGACGAGGACCAAGCCUUGGCAAUAAAGGUCUCCGGCACGCGCGUCGCCUUCUAUGGAUGCACGUUCCUCGGAUAUCAGGACACCCUUUACGCGGCGACUGGCUUGCAGUAUUACCAGGGCUGCAACAUCCACGGGCGCAUGGACUUCGUGUUCGGCAACGCCAAGGCCGUGUUUGAGGACUGCAACUUCCGUCUCGUCUACUGGGGCGGCGCGUACUUCGCGCAGGCGCGCGGGAAGGAGCAGAACACGGGUUUCGUCAUCAAGGGCGGCUCUCUCCGCCCGUAUGGUAAAGGCCCCAUCAAGCCCGGUUACCUUGCGCGUUCAUGGGGCGAUUAUUCGACCGUCAUUUUCGUCAACACUUAUUUCGCCGCGGCCUCCGUUCGCGCGGAAGGUUGGAGUUACGUGAGUGGUUACAAGGACAUGGACACGGUUACAUUCGGCGCAUACAGUUGCUCUGGACCGGGCUACAAUGCAAGUGCGUGGGAGAUAGGGACGGAAAUGAGCGCGGAGGAGGUGAAGCCGUACUUGAGCAACGACUACAUCAACAAAAUGAACUGGAUCGCGGAUCCCGCGGCCGUAACCCGAGGCGUUGCGGAAACGGCGGCUGCAGCCAAGAAAGGCAACAGUAAGAAUAAGAAGGAAGCUGCAGGCAGUGUGACACCGGCUCAGACCUCCAGUGGUACCCAGAAGCAGCCUGCCAAGAAACAAGGAGCGGAUUCGGCUAGAAACGCGGACACUGGCAAGCCAAGCACGAACGGCGGUGCCGGACCUAGAAGCAGCAACAGCGCAAGUGGCAACAGCAGUGGAAAGGGCAAAAAGGGUACAACGGGAGUGGGCGAGUCUCCUCCUGCGCCCAGUGGCAGCAGCAGUGCUGGGUCCUCUGGAAAGACGAAGCAACCGUCUGACACCAGCAGGCCUGUUCCUGCCACACCUGAUAGCAAGAAGGGGAAAAAGAAGGAGCACCUAUCUGAGGUGACAGCACCUCCCGCUGCUCCUGCUGCUGGGAAGAAGGGAAAGAAGGUGCCCCCAGCUGAAACGACAACACCUCCCGCUGCUCCUGCUGCUGGGAAGAAGGGAAAGAAGGUGCCCCCAGCUGAAACGACAACACCUCCCGCUGCUCCUGCUGCUGGGAAGAAGGGAAAGAAGGUGCCGCCAGCUGAAACGACAGCACCUCCCGCUGCUCCUGCUGCUGGGAAGAAGGGAAAGAAGGUGCCCCCAGCUGAAACGACAACACCUCCCGCUGCUCCUGCUGCUGGGAAGAAGGGAAAGAAGGUGCCCCCAGCUGAAACGACAACACCUCCCGCUGCUCCUGCUGCUGGGAAGAAGGGAAAGAAGGUGCCCCCAGCUGAAACGACAACACCUCCCGCUGCUCCUGCUGCUGGGAAGAAGGGAAAGAAGGUGCCCCCAGCUGAAACGACAACACCUCCCGCUGCUCGUGCUUCUGGGAAGAAGGGAAAGAAGGUGCCGCCAGCUGAAACGACAGCACCUCCCGCUGCUCCUGCUGCUGGGAAGAAGGGAAAGAAGGAUCCGUCUGCUGAUGGUAGCUCUAGCCCCCCUGCCGCCCCUCCCCCUGGGAAAAAAGGGAAACAUAAAGAUCAACCUGCUGAAGUAGUGAGCCCACCUGCACCCCCUGCACCGACCAAAAAGAAGGGAAGCGGAGAGAACAGCACAGGCAGUGGUGCUACUGAAAGUCCAGGGAAGACUGGAUCAGCGGGCAAGACGAAGAAAACGACUCCACCGCCCCCUGCUGAUGAGGACAACACGAGCAGCGGCAGCAACAGCAGCAGUGGGGGAGAAUCAGGAUCAAGUGCGGGUGGGACAACCGAGGAGCCAACAAAGAAGAGGAAGGGGUUGUUUGGGAGGAGGAAGAAAGAUAAGAGUGGCAAUGGGGACAGCAGCAACGGAGACAGCAGUGGGGAUGGAGCUGGAGACGAGCCCAGUGCUGCGGAUGGGGCGAGUGGAGGGAAUGGAACAGCCCCAGCGAAGGAGGAUGGCAAGGCGAAAAAACUUUUUAAGAAGCUGUUUGGAUGA